AUGGUGUAUUGUGUCACAGCUGUUCCACCGGUCUUGCCGCCGAGCCCCCAACCGGAGCCCAACGACCGAACUACCACCAGUUGGGCACCAAAACUUACAUUCAACAACCGAGAUGUCUCAGAUGCUGAUUCGGUUGUUGCCGAAAAAGAUCACCUGUUGGCCUUUAGUCUGGCCAAGAGUGUGUGCCUCCCCAAGGAUAUGGAGCACCACAAAAAGCAGCUAAACACCGAAUUAAAGUCCAUUCGGUCUGCAACGAAGUCCAUGAUCCUGGCAAUUCAAAAAAACUACAACACUCACAAGAAAGUGCUGGAACUUAGACAAACUACGAGGGACGCAGUGGCCGAAGCCGAACUGAAGUCGGCCGAGGUAGAAAACAUCAAGAAGCAAAUGGCCGAGCUGCAGGCUGAGAACAGCAGGCUGACCGGACUAGUUAGCUCAGCAGAGGCAGAAAGGCAGAAGACUGCCAUAGCUCUGAAGGACAAAUACCUGCGCGAGCUGGUGAAGCUUGAAAGAAAGAAAGAUGCCGAAAUAAAGGAGAGCGUAAAGGAAGCCGGCAAACAAAUGGUGUGA